UUGUGGGUGGCUACAGCUGUUGCGACGACUAUCACCGAAAACACUAUCAGUCGUGGAACAUUAAACGUUGAUAUAGGGGGAAUUACCUUGAAUCCGGGUGUGUAUUGGUCCAUCAUAAAUAAUGCCUUAACAACGAUAGCCGGAUCUCUUAAUGUUAGUCAAGGAGGUGGUCUUUAUAUUUCUUCAACUUCCAACUUAAUCGGUUUGACUAUUGCUCUUGCCGGUGUGAUUAACAGUAUUCAGAACGAUGGUGUCAUUGCAUUUAACUCUUUGAGAUCAUUGACUACUCCUACAUUUCAAUUGGCUGGUGCUUCCUUUGUCAAUAAUGGUCAAAUGUACUUGGGAGGUGAUGGCUCUGUUGGGGUUCCAGUUAUGUCGAUUACCUCUCUUCUGUGGACCAACAACGGUUUCUUGAGCUUCUACCAAAAUACCAGAUCAGGAGGUGUUGUCACUCUCGGUGCUGUCCUCCCAAUCACAAAUAAUGGUCAGAUUUGUCUCUUCAAUCAAGCAUAUGUCCAAAGCACAGCUGUGACCGGUGUUGGUUGUAUCACGGUUGGUCAAACAUCAACUCUUUGGAUUCAAAACUCGCUCUUAUCUUUCGGAAGUGGCCAAACCAUCUUGUUGCAGACUCAAUCAUCCGCCAUCAGAAUUGAAGCAUUAAGUUUGUCACAAACUUUUGAAGUUGCUGGAUAUGGUAACGGAAACCUCAUUGGAUUGAGUUUACCACUCAACCUUGAUACUAUUCUUCUUGACCCGUUCCGUUACGAUGCAAGAACUGGUAUUUUGACACUUAUCAGUGGUGUUUUCACCCAGAACUUCCACAUUGGUACCGGUUACGACCCUAGGCUUUUCCAAGUUGUCAACGCCAACUAUGGAGGUCUUAUCACAACUGUUCUUCGUGGUGGUGUUAUCUACAAUGGCCCUGUUCCAUCCGGCGCCACCCCAGCAGCCAAUUGUCGUCAGUGUAGAGCAUUCCCAGAUGCUCCA